GCUAGGGGCGGAGGCGCGGGAACCUGUGGAAGCUAAGGAUGCCUGCUACCCGUGCUUUCGGGCCUCGGUGCUAGCCCACCGGUGGGUAUGGAGCCCGAGGUGGGAGAGAGGGAGCAUCGGGGGGCAUCUUCGCGCUCUCCCCAGCGGUAGCCAGCCACCCACCCGAAGUGAGGAGGAGGUCUGGGAGGAGAUUAGGAAGUGGCUGUCUGACUUGUUUCCGAAGGCUGAAUGAACUACAGAUCAUCAAAUACAGCAGCUCACCAAGAAGAUCUGGUUGCUUUGGGGGGAACACCCCCUCAGCGCCUGUGAGGGAUGUUGUUACUUGACGGCCAACUGAAACCAGCUCUUCCUCAGAAGGUCUUCUGUAGACUCUGGGCUGUGAUGGGAAAACUGCAGAGCAAACUCAGACACAGCACUUACUUAUACAGCAGGCCUGAUGGAAUUAUAGAAGAGAGAGUCCAGACUAAAGCUCCCCAAGAAUACAUCCCUGUUCACGUGGAUACCGUCUCUGUGAUUGCCACUCUGAACUCAGACCUUUGUAUCUCUGGAGGAAAAGACAAGACCGCCGUGGCCUACAAUUGGAAAACUGGGCGUAUGGUGAAAAGGUUCACAGGGCACGAGCGGGAAAUCACGAAGAUAGCCUGUAUUCCCAAAGCAAACCAGUUCUUCAGCGCCUCUCGAGACAAGACAGUCCUGAUGUGGGAUCUGCAGGGCUCCUCGCACCCUAGGCAGCAGCUGUCUGGCCAUGCCAUGGUGGUCACUGGCUUGGCUGUGAGCCCAGACUCGUCCCAGCUGUGCACUGGCUCUCGGGACAAUAGCCUGCUUCUGUGGGAUGUGGGGACCGGACAGUGUGUGGAGAGAGCGUCUGUCUCCAGGAACCUGGUCACACACCUGUGCUGGGUCCCGAGUGAGCCAUACAUAGUCCAGACCUCUGAGGAUAAGACCAUCAGAUUAUGGGACAGUCGGGGGCUUCAGAUGGCUCACAUGUUUCCCACAAAACAGCAUAUCCAGACCCAUUGUGAAGUCAGCGUGGAUGGACACACGUGUAUUUCCUGCAGCAGUGGCUUUGGGGGUGAAGGCUGUGAAGCCACGUUGUGGGACCUAAGACAGACUAGAGACAGAAUGUGUGAGUAUAAGGGGCAUUUCCAGACAGUUGCAUCCUGUGUCUUUCUACCGAAGUCCACGGCCUUGAUGCCUAUGAUUGCUACCUCUGCACAUGACUCCAAGGUGAAGAUUUGGAACCAGGAUACUGGAGCUUGCCUCUCCACCUUGUCUCUGGAUGGAUCAGGACCCCUGACCUCACUGGCUGUUGGUGACAUCUCCUCCUUGUUAUGCGCAAGUUUCUACAGAGGAGUUCACUUACUCAGAGUGGACCACAGCCAAGGACUGGAACUGCAGGAAGUGGCAGCCUUCUAAAAUCAAGAGAUAUUGAUUGGAUAAUAUCAAACCAUGGUCCCUCUUUCUGUGUGGCUUUGUGUUUUUCCACAUGAUCUUCGGGGGGGGGGGUGGUUAGAGUUGGUGUUCUUUUCUUAGCUUUACUUCGAAGGCGUAUCAUUGUUAGAUGAUUUGAAAAAUCAGGGUAUUUGUUUGUACAAGUCUCACUCCAUAGCCAUUAAGUUCCCUAACUUAUGGAUCUGUGAACUCUGGAAUGACAAAGGAGUAGUGCAAGAGGAUGCUACUCAUCCAUCCUACAGAGGGCUAAGUAGAGUCUCCCUAAAAGUCCCAGUGAUGUUCCCAUUCCACAGAUGGGAAAGCUAGGGCCCAGAGAGAGGCAUGCAUUAUUUUGUCCACACAGGAAGGGAAGAGCUGAGAUUUGAAUCUGGGUCUGCCUGACUUGGAGCUGGGAAGUCUUCCUCCCCAGUCUUUGCCUUUGUUGUUUUAGACACUUAGAGACCAUAACAAUGUUUAUUUAUUUUUGAGACUAAUUAUUAAUCUAGUUCUGGAGAUUGGAUUCAGGAUGUUGUUUCUGCAAGCCAGGAGCUCUGCCACUGAGCUUUCCCCUACCCUUGCAUUAAGUUUAGACUCUGGGGACAUCUGAGGCUGUAGGCAGGUCUCCUUUUAGGGCAGCGAAAUGCCUAGCGUGUGCUGGAUGCAUGCGGUGCUGCAGCUGAUAGUUUCUUGUAGAAGGAGACAGUAAGUCAAAUAAAUGGAGGGGGUUGCUCUGGUGAGUCAAGAGGGCUCUGCACCGUUCCCACUCUUUCCUGAGCCCUGCCAUGUGCCUGAGAAGCAGAAAGACGAGCGUGUGCUCACGUUGAUGGAACCUUUUAAAAGUUCUAGCCUGGUCUACAAAGUGGACUCCAGGAUAGCCAGGGCUACAUGGAAAAAAAAACUCUCAAACAAAACAAAAAGUUAUGUUAGAGCCAGGCAGUGGUGUUGCAUGAUUUUAAUCCCAGCAUUCAGAAAGACAGGCAGAUCUCUGAGUUCAAGGCUAGUCUGGUGUGCAAAGUGAGUUCCAGGACAGUGAGGGCUGCACAGAGAAACUCUGUCUUGGAAAAAAAAGAAGAAGAAAAGAAAAAAAAAUUAAGGGGAUAACAUUUGAAAUGUAAAUAAAGAAAAUAUCC